GUGCCACUGCACUCCAGCCUGGGUGACAAAAUGAGACCCUGUCUCUAGAAAAGAAAAGAGAGAAACACAUGCUUAGACAAAGUUUUCUUCUAAUUGGAGUUGGCAUAAUUGCUUAUGACCCAUCAAAUAACAUAAAACUCCUUUCUUUAUGCUUUUCCUCACUUCUUUCCUUAAAAAACGAAAAAAGAAAAAGGAAAGAGAGAAGGAAAGGAAAGGAAGUUAGAGAGGAAAAAUACCUGCGUGUUAUUUUCUCUGUAAUCCCUCGGAUGGCUUUCAUGAACUAAGAGGUAAGAGUAAGAAAAGAAGUCAUGGGAAAUGUAGAUUUUGCAGCUGGAUGGGAACUUGGCGAUUGCCCUGUGAAGCUAUCUCACUUUCAGGUGAAGAAGCUGAACCCCAGAGAAGUUCUGUUACUUGCCUCCUCCUUCGGUGGGUUUUUCAUGAGCACGGGUGAAAUUGCCAACCCCUUAACUUGAUCCAACAGCUCCCCAAACCAAAUAUCUUAAGCAAUAACUCAGGGACUUAGCUGGCAAGGAAUAGACUUGGCAGUGGGAGGCAGUGGCAAGGCUGUGAAUGAACACACUAGGAUCUCUGGAGCACUUUGAGUUGGAGAAUGCAGUCUGGUAUGACAUGGGCCCAUCUUGGGCCACAGACAUGAUAAUCAAUUAUGUGAAGGCCUGAGAGACCUUUAUUGUGUCAUUUCAAUCCUGAGCUUAGAUCAAGGAAACUGGUUACCUGUUCCCCUGGUGUAUAUUGUCAGACAUACAGUAGGUGCUUGAUAAAUAAUUGCCAAUUAAAUGAAGCCUUAAGUGCAGCUUAGCAAGGUUUCCACGAGUAGGGGAAGUAUAUUAAAGCAUGUCGAUCUGGGUAAGACCCAAACCUACUGGAAAAGCACAGUAUUCAGUUAUCAGAGAAGCAAAUGCCUCAUUUCCACUGGGUGGCUUUGGAAUUUUUUUCUGACCACAACCUCCUCCUCAAAGCCCCAUUAGUAGGCAGUGCCUCCUACAGCUGUAGAAGUUCCUUUAAAGUGUGGCUUUUUCAUCUGAAUCAUCAGGAAGAAUUCAAAGCUGGCUGGGUCAGAGUUCAAAGUUUUCAAGAACCCAGUUAAAGUUUGUGCUUAUUUACAGCAUAUGCCAUUCUCCAGGAUUAUUUUUAGAGGUGUUAAGAAAGUAAGGAACUCUCUUUGCAUUAAAGUUCUUCUUUUUCUCUCAUAUCCCUCCUCAUAUGCAAGUUCACCAGGUUUAUUCACUUCUUUGUCCCUGGUUUCUAUGGAUAAACCAGCCACGAAGGCUAUGUGCAUCCAUUUGGAUGGGAGGGAACCAAUGGGAGUGUGGGAGAGAAUAUAUUAUGUAACCAGCCCAUCCUUCCCCAUGGCUGGGAUAGCAGGAAGGGCAGCGAGCCUCCCCCAAGAGCUUAGAGAUCCACUGGCCACAUCCACAGGCAAAGACAGCUGCAGAGAAAGUUUAGACCCAGACCUCACAGCAUUCCUGCACAAACUCCUACAGAAAGAUUUCCCUUUCCAAGCGAUUUGCGACUUCUGCUGGUGUCUUCCGGGAUAUGGAUAGUACUUUUUAAAAUCAUUUCUUUAAAGGAUCAAGAUGAAGGUGAAUGCACUCCUGGCCAGGGCGCUUUAUGACAACUGCCCUGACUGCUCUGAUGAGCUGGCUUUCAGCAGAGGGGACAUCCUGACCAUUCUGGAGCAACACGUACCAGAAAGCGAGGGUUGGUGGAAGUGUUUGCUCCACGGAAGGCAAGGUCUGGCCCCUGCCAACCGCCUCCAAAUCCUCACGGAGGUCACUGCAGACAGGCCAUGCCCCUCAUUCCUGAGAGGCCUGGAAGAAGCUCCUGCCAGCUCAGAGGAGACCUAUCAGGUGCCCACUCUGCCCUGCCCUCCCACUCCAGGCCCCGUUUAUGAGCACAUGAGGAGUUGGGUGGAGGGGCCCCAGCCCCCUUCUGCCCAAGUCUAUGAAUUCCCCGACCCUCCCACCAGUGCCAGAAUCAUCUGUGAAAAGACUCUCAGCUUUCCAAAACAGGCCAUCAUCACGCUUCCCAGACCUACCCAGGCCUCACUGCCGACUCUGCCUUCCCAGGUGUACGAUGUGCCUACCCAGCACCGGGGCCCCGUGGUCCUGAAGGAGCCAGAGAAGCAGCAGCUAUACGACAUACCAGCCAGCCCCAAGAAGGCAGGACUCCAUCCCCCAGCCGGCCAAGCAAGUGGGCAGGGUGUUCCCCUGAUAUCAGUGACUACCUUAAGAAAAGGCGGCUACAGCACAUUACCAAGUCCUCAGAAAUCGGAAUGGGUUUAUGACACUCCAGUGUCUCCAGGAAAGGCCGGCGUCAGAAACACGCCUCUCCCCACCUUUGCAGAAGAAUCAAGGCCCCACGCUCUCCCCAGUUCCGGCUCCACUUUCCACAAUCCUCCAAGUGGCAGAGCCAGGUCCCUCACUCCACAACUGAAUACCAAUGUGCCCAUGCAGAAAAAACUCAGUCUUCCAGAAAUUCCUUCUUAUGGCUUUCUUGUACCCAGAGACACAUUUCCUUUGGAUGAAGAUGUCAGCUACAAGGUUCCUUCAAGCUUUCUGAUUCCCCGAGUGGAAGAGCAGAACACCAAGCCCAAUAUUUAUGACAUCCCUAAAGCAAUAUCGAGUGUUUCUCAGGCUGGGAAGGAGCUGGCGAAAGCCAAGGAGGUGCCAGAGAAUUCCACAGGCCAUAAUUCCUCAUGGUUCUGCAGACGGACAGCUUCCCGAUCUCCUGAACUGGACAGAUUAUCAGGUUCCAGUUCUGACAGCAGAGCCAGCAUCGUUUCUUCGUGCUCCACCACAUCCACCGACUCCUCCUCCAGCUCUUCCUCGGAGGAGUCAGCAAAGGAGCUCUCCUUGGACCUGGAUGUGGCCAAGGAGACAGUGAUGUCUCUGCAGCACAAGGUGGUCAGCUCUGUUGCUGGCCUGAUGCUCUUUGUCAGUAGGAAGUGGAGAUUCCGAGACUAUCUGGAGGCCAACAUUGAUGCAAUCCACAGGUCCACUGAGCACAUAGAAGAAUCUGUAAGAGAAUUUCUGGAUUUUGCCCGAGGAGUCCAUGGGACUGCCUGUAACCUCACUGACAGUAACCUUCAGAACAGAAUUCGGGACCAGAUGCGGACAAUCUCUAACUCCUACCGCAUCCUGCUUGAAACAAAGGAAAGCUUGGAUAAUCGCAAUUGGCCUCUGGAAGUUCUUGUGACUGACAAUGUCCAGAACAGCCCAGAUGACCUUGAGAGGUUUGUCAUGGUGGCACGGAUGCUUCCAGAAGACAUCAAGAGGUUUGCCUCCAUUGUCAUUGCCAAUGGAAGGCUCCUUUUUAAGCAGAACUGUGAAAAGGAAGAGACCGUGCAAUUGACCCCAAAUGCAGAAUUUAAGUGUGACAAAUGCAUCCAGCCUCCCCAAAGAGAAACUGAAUCACACCAAAAGAGUACCCCUUCCACUAAGCAAAGGGAAGAUGAACACUCUUCUGAACUGUUAAAGAAAAAUAGAGCAAAUAUCUGUCAACAGACAUUGCCUAACUUAGAAAAGAAAGAGAAACCUAUCUUGGAACAAAGGUUAGAUGAAAACGAAGACUUAGGAACCAUGAAUCCUGGCCCUCUUACACCCCAGCCUUCGAGUCAACAGACUCCUGAGAGGAAACACCGCCUCUCUGAACACUGCCGGCUCUACUUUGGGGCGCUCUUCAAAGCCAUCAGCGCAUUUCAUGGCAGCCUCAGCAGCAGCCAGCCUGCAGAGAUCAUCACUCAGAGCAAGCUGGUCAUCACGGUGGGCCAGAAGCUGGUGGACACGCUGUGCACGGAGACCCAGGAGAGGGACGUGCGCAACGAGAUCCUCCGCGGCAGCAGUCACCUCUGCAGCCUGCUCAAGGACGUAGCGCUGGCCACUAAGAAUGCCGUGCUCACCUACCCCAGCCCUGCCGCGCUGGGGCACCUCCAGGCGGAGGCUGAGAAGCUGGAGCGACACACGCGGCAGUUCAGAGGGACAUUGGGAUGAGGACUCUCUACCUCCCUUCCUCCUCUGCUCACCUCUCAGCUUCACACCCACAACUUGUGCAACUCUGUCCUAUGGGAAAAGCCAGCCGGGGUAUACACCGAUCAGCUGAAACAGACCUGGUACCCAAAGACCCAAAGCUGGUAGUACCAAGUGGCUAAGCAACCCCGGGGCAUUGACUUACCCCACAGGGGGUCAGGAAAGAGAGACAGAUAUGAGGUAAAGACCUUGUGAAGUUUAGCAUAUAUGGAGUAUGCAGUAUCAGCUUGAAGUGACUUCGUAGAAAUAAUAUUUUAUGUUGAUUAAUUAAAUGUGUGCAUGUUUUGUUUGUUUGUUUUUUGAGACACAGUCUCACUCUGUCACACAGGCCGGAGGGCAGUGGCGCCAUCUCAGCUCACUGCAACGUCUGCCUACCGAGUUGAAGCAUUUCUCCUGCCUCAGCCUCCAGAGUAGCUGGGACUACAGGCAUGCACCACCAUGCCCAGCUAAUCUUUGUAUUUAUUUUUUUUUAAUGAAAAGUCUCACAUAUUUAUUACUGAACCCAGCCAACCAAUGCAUUCAUAACAGAUUCAGAGAGAAAAAAAUAUAUUCCCAAUAAAACAUGUACAACUCUCCAGAGAGUGGUGACAUUUUCACCUUGAUGUGGUAACAUGAUUGUGACCUUCAGACAGCAUAAAUAUGUGUGCCGUCUCAUGUGCAAUUCCUUAUAGGCCCAGCUUGGUUCUUCUCCAAUGUCUCCUUUUGGAGUUGUACUUGAUUUUAUUACCAGUUUUCAUCCAAAUCUACUGGGGAGUGGGGCGAUUUUGUGUUCGCUUCUUGGUCAGGAAUCACAAUCCUGAAAGUCUUAUGAGAAGACAUGGCAAGAAGCAGAGUCAAGCACACACCACAAUGGCAGAGAAAGGAAGAGCUAAUUUUUGUAUUUUUAGUAGAGAUGGGUUUUCACCAUGUUAACCAGGCUGGUCUGGUUCUCCUGACCUCAGGUCAUCCCCCGCCUUGGCCUCCCAAAGUGCUGGGAUUACAGGCGUUAGCCACCAUUCCCGGCAUGUAUGUGUUUUAAAUUCACUCAUUUAACAUUUAUUUAUUGAAUGCCUACUAUAUGCCAAGUUCUAGGUGCUGGAGACAUAACAGUGUAGCAGAGGCCUUGCCCUCUUGGAACCUACAAUCUAGUAGGGGAGUCAGACAGUAAAGUGAUGAAGAAAUACAUACACAGUAUAGCAGGUGCCAGGAAAAAUGUAAGUUGGCGAAGCACAAGAGAAAUUGUUUUGAAAUGGUUAAUUUUUACUGCGUUCAUUAGAAAAUAGGGUAAGUUUUUUUGUUGUUUUGAAUUGAAUUAGUUCUGUAAGAUUGGUACAAAUUAUGUAUGUGUCUUGCACCCAUAAAUAUAUAUUUUUGCUAUGUGACUUUAACCUAAAGAUAGAUGUUAUAUUUACAACAUAACAAGAUCUGUUGGGUUCUCUAUUAAUUUAUUUCAUUCAUUACAGAUUCUGGGUUGAUAAAUUCUGCUCAGUUUGAAAA